CAAUUACCAGAAGGCUCAGCAGUUGCACCAGUGAUCAUAGCGACUGAUAAGACCCAGCUAACCCAAUUCUCUGGCAGCAAAUCAGCCUACCCCGUGUACCUCACUCUUGGCAACAUUCCUAGAGCCAUUAGGCACAGGCCUUCCCAACAGGCAUGUAUCCUAAUAGGUUACCUCUCUGUGGACAAGAUAUCAAACUCCAAACUCUCCAAGAAGGAGAAAACGUCCAGAAUACAGUGUUUAUUCCACGAAUCUAUGCGUACAAUCCUGGAACCUUUAAAGGAAGCUGGGCGUACUGGGAUGGACAUGGUUGGCAGAGAUGGAAAGGUCCGGAGGAUACCAAAUCUUUGGCUGUGCUCUGUGGCUAUGCUAACCUGUGCUACAAAGCUAUGUACACUGCCUCUGCACUGCCUGAAUGCUGUUUUGUGCAUGUCACCGCGCACUCAAGCAUGGACCAUGGGGGUGAUUCAGGAUGCCAAAGCCAAAUCCCACAACCUCCAUAAAUUUCACUCGCUCUGUCAAUCCAAGGGGGUUUCUGGUACGGUGCAGCGUCCAUUCUGGGAAGGAUUUCCCUAUUCCAACAUUCAUCUCUCCAUGACCCCUGAUGUCCUUCACCAGCUCUAUCAGGGAAUAUUCAAACACAUGGUUGCCUGGUGCGAUUACUUCCUGCAUCCCUCAGAAUUAGAUGCUAGGAUCAAAGCGCUGCCACCCUGCUUUGGGGUUCGUCAUUUCCAGAAUGGAUGGAGUGAGCUCUCCCAGAUCUCUGGUAGAGAGAGAAAAGAGAUGGCGCGCAUCUUACUGGGAUGCUUAGUGGGAAAGGUUCCUAGAAGGGUCAUACUUGCCUACCGCUCCCUACUAGACUUCAUCUAUUUAGCCCAGUACCCCACCCAUGACGAUCACACCCUUGGCUAUCUUCAAGAUGCAUUGGACACAUUUCACAAACACAACAUCAGGAAAAACCCGAAUGGCGGUAGUCCUGGUCACCAAUAUAAUGCAUUCCAUAGCUACCAUACUGACAGGUAG